AUAAACGUGUGUCAUCGUUAUCCCUGGCUUGGGCGUUGUUUUUGUCGCGAAAGCAAAAUAAAUAUACCAAUUAUAAUUGCUAAGCUUUUCUACUUGUUGAGUUAUAUCAAUUAAAGAUGCAAGCACAAGCAUUGCUUACUGCCCUGCUGUUAAUGGCAGCCUUCAUACACGAAAGUGCUGCUAUUUGGUGUUAUCGUUGCACAUCUGCAACACCCGGCUGUGCCGAUAAUUUCAACUGGCGCGGCAUCGGUUUUCUCGGCGAACAGUGUCCCGAGACCAACGAUAUCUGCGUCAAGGUGACGGAGAGACGCGGCGCCAAGGAGACGAUUACCCGCGAUUGUCUCAGUGCACUCAACUUUCGCACUGACAUACCCGCCGACAAGUACGAGGGCUGUCGCCCGGCCGCCAAGGAUGUGCGCCUGGGCCACUAUGUCAAUCACACAAUCAAGGAGCACGAUGUGAAGCGUGAUUACUUCACCGAGACAACCUUCUGCUUCUGCUUCCUCGACCAUCGCUGCAAUGCUGCCAGCGGUCUGCAUCAUCCUUCAGCGUUAGCUGGAGCAGCUGUACUCCUGCUGCUGCUACUGCGCAGCGUAAUCUACUAAACCGUACUGCAAUUCCAAGUACCAAAGUGCCUUUUUUAGAAUUAACGACAGUUCAAUUUUUUAACUCGAAUCUCGUCUAGCAAACAUUCCGUCCGCAAACAACGCACAUUAUUUUUGUACAAUUUUUAAUAUUUUCUCUGUUACAGUCUCUAAUUUGACUGAAAACUUAUGUAAUACAUAUUUUAUACAGUAUA